CGCCUAGGCGACAGCGGAAUAUCCACAUACACAUACGACGACCACUCUGACUUCGUCCUCAGAUACGGCUUGUCCGAAUCAUAGGAUCAUUCAACGCUCAUCGUUCGAACAACCUUUCGCUUGACCCCAUCCAUCGCAUCACUGCUUACCAUCCACAUCGCUAUCCAUUAUCAUGACUGGUUGACCAUACCUCCCCGUCCAUUCCCACCUAACGACUUGACGAUAAUUCAUGAAUUCAAACGACCUAUCAACGACAAUCUUCAUCCACUUCAGCGGCAGUCAGUCAACAUUCUCUGGACUGUGACUGCACACAGUUUCAACCCUGAUCCACACAUUCGCUGAUCGAGACCUGGCCCGUGGCUCACAACAAACACCAUUCGUCAUGAAUAGCCAAAUAACGCCAGGCCUUCUGCACCAUGCUCCUACCCACCACCAUCGACCUCCCCCACCACCGUCUUCUUUCUCUCGUUCCCACGGCCAGUCUACGGUGAAAGACUCGCUCCGCAGAAUCCCUUCUUCUCUCUUUACGAAAGCAGACGACAAGACUCGUCGACCCAAAGCAGACAAGCUGACCAUCUACAAAGACGACGACGCACCUCCGCCCAGAAAAUCAUCACUCUUCGACUCUCGACGACCUCUCUUCACAUCGCCAAAGCGUACAGCAGACAAAGAAAAGGUCAAGACGACUGGUAAGACUCGCAAGGCCUUGGCCGAUAUUCUUCACUGGGGAAACAGUCAAUCUCCCGGCAAGUCACGUCAACAAGUGCUCGAAAAGGUCUCUGCAAGUGGUGCUCGGCUCGGUCUAGUAUCUGGACCUAUAUAUGCUCAACACGCCGUUCCACUCGUGCCUCCGAAAGACACCAGUAUCGCCGGUUCUUGCCCAUCAGGUACCAUAUCUCAAAAAUCAUCAGACUCAUCGUCCAACAUGUCCAUCGGCCCCCCACCUGUCAGUCGCAAACAAUCCUCUCGACUGUUGAAGAAAAAGCCUUCUCGACCGAGUCUCCCUCAUCAACCCUCACGAUCUGGUCUUUCUGCCUUGACCUCUUCUCUUCGAGGCAAAUCCCCCGUCCAAGAUGUUACGCCUCGCGCUCGGCCUAGUAUGGCACCUGAUCCUUUCGAGAGAACUGAUGGGGACGUGGAGGUUGUCGAGACCAUUCCAUGUCGUGUCGGGUCCAUCUCAAGCGUCAGUACAUCCUUGGAUAGGAGAGGAAGUAUCUCUUCGCGCAAAGCAUUGUCCACCAAGACUGUUUCGUCCGCUACGGGGAGCACAAAAAUUCUGCCCGAAGUACCACCCUUCACGAAAUCAUUACAAACUCUUGUCGAACCGAGCACCGUCCGACCCAAGCAUACGUCGGUUCCUGUGGCUCCUCGAUCGCCUCUGGUCAACUUACCUCCCCGUACAGCGUCCCUUGGAAGAGUCCUCGGCGAUAUCGCAGCUGCAUCGGCUAAACAGGACCAGUCAAGUUUGCCAUCCCGACCAGCGAUCCAUUCGCUCCAAGUAGACGAUGUCAAUCAACGUCAACGCGAGGCUGAGAUCAAAGCCAGAGCGGUGCCAUCACCAAUCUCGUUGGGAUGCGAAUUGACUCCCUUCGUAGAAGAGACGUCAGAGGCUAAGACGCUCAAGAGGGAGAAGACCAAAUCAAAAGUGUGGACCUUAUUUCGAGGUAAGAAAGGAACAGCAUCAAUCGAGGCACCAAAACUACUACAUGACCGCCCAGUCAUGACACUGGAGCCGCCACGAUUGACUCAGCGAAAGGUAUCCGUCCGCAAACCUGUCCCACUUCUCGAUCCCUCAGAUCUCGCCGACCACAGUCAAGCACGGUCUGCUCCAACGCUCGCAUCCCGCCCGCGUCCGCCCGCUCUACACCUGAUCAAACCAUCCAUCGAUGGUCCAAGUCUCCAUGCCUCCCUCUCUGCGUCUAACAGUCCCCCGCCUUUCGCGGAUCUUCUACCCAAAUCAGCAUCCUCAAAUGAUUGUGUCAUCACCCCGACAUCAGCCACUCAUGGCAUAGCCCCUUCUCUACCCAGCUCCUUUCACAAAGACAACGGCAGGAAUGACGCAUCAGCCACCAGCGUAGGCAGUGACAAAGGUGCUAGCAUGCAGUCCCGAAAGCCUAUGCCCAAACGCAAGUCCCUCUCUGGUCUCUUCGGUCUCGCCAUGCGAAAGUCGUUCGACAGGCUAAAGCCUGAUUUGCAAUCUGCCAAGUCUGGAGCACCUCCUUCUUCCUUUACUUUGGGCAAAGCGGCAGCUCACAAGGCGUUCGAGAUGGGCAAUGAGUCCCUCAGUCUCACUUCGUCUCCCAAAGGCUCCAAAGGGCACUCGAAGGCCACACAGCUUCGAUCGCUGGCUGAGGAGAUACAAGAUGCCGACAGCGGACUCUCAAGCAACCGGCAUUCGUCACCUCCCUUUUCCAGGCAUGAACACAGUGCUAUGAGAGAUGCUUCGUCAUUCUGCACUGAUCGUGACAUCAGCCAUGUCGCGAGUGCAACGGACAAACUUUAUGACCUGGUCGAGCACUGCAACUUCUCACCUGCUCCUACUGUCGGUGUCUCUCCCGCAUCGACCUCUGAUCAGCCAUCUCUUACUUCCAUUGAAGUCGAUGGUAGUCCUACUCCGAUGCGACGCGUUCGAUCCGCUGUGCUCACUUCAAAGAAAUCCAAGGAUAGCCCCAUGCGAUCCGGUACGAAUAUAUCUCCGCUCAAAUUGGCUCUACACCGCUCGCAGAUGGCUCACACGACCGGAAACCAAGGCAACAAAGCCAAGAAGGCGAGACCGGUCUCCAGCCCUGCUGAUUCACCGCCACGAACGAGUAUGGUGAAGAAGGGUAUGAGGAAUAUCUUCGCUCCGCCCUCACCUCCGCCCGCUCCUGCUUUCUCUCUGCCUGGGUACACUCAAACACAGCAACCGAGAUUUCUCAACGCACCGCAGCUUGGUCUACCUUUGCCACCUCCCCAGAACCGCAUCUCGCCUCGACGCCAGCAUACUGAACCUCCCCCGCCAUCCUUGCCUCCUGUUCCAGCUUCAGCUGGUGAACCGCGAAAGUCAAGUAUUGGGCCCGACCAUCUCGGCAUCAACCAGCUGAAUAGGGAUGACUUGAGAGGCCGCAUCGCAAGCGACCUAUUGUCACCAGAUAUCGAAUCAGAUAAUCGUCACUCGUUUGACUUUACUGGCGAAUAUGCUUCUCUCAAUCAAGGCGACAAGCGUUUCUCGUUCGUAGAGGCGCUAGCGAAAGUCCGAUCCAGAGAGAAUCUCGCGCUCCCGGCUCUUCCUCCUGUACCUCCUCCUAACCUGAUCAGGACCCUGGAACCAUUGCUCGAGGACCAGAGCUUUCGUGUGGCUUCGGCCCCAGAGAUGGAUGACGACAGUGACAGCGAGCUCGAAGAUGAAGACUGCAUUGUGGUACCACAAAUUGCUUAUCGCGCAUCUCGUGUAUCGGCGUCGCCCCGAGUAGCCAAGUCUUCAACGUCCUCAACAUCAACGGUUCAACGCCGAAGUCCUCGACCUCCUCCAUUUCAGGGCAAUCCAGCCUUCCAGAUGCGAGUCUCUCAGCUCAAAGAGAGCAUGACUCCACCUGCCUCGAUCCACGAGUCUGGACCUCACUCCUUGAAACACAAUCCGUCUCUGACUGCAUUGAUAUCCAUGGUUGAUGAGCCGGAGGCUUCUCUCCCCGCUCACGAUGCGAGUAGCCAACAUUCCCAACAAGACUCCCUUGAGGCACCUCGACCGGCGUUCUCGCAAUCUCACGAUCGAGCGGAAUCUGGCGUCAGUAUUGCCACGAUGUCUUCACUUGGUGCAGUCAUCGAGACCGGCAUCGCUGGCGAGUAUACCAACUACUUCGAAGUCAACUUUACAAAGCAUCUCAGGGAACAGAGUGAAGAAGUGCAGGCCCAUACGGCUCCCUUGAGCUCUAUCCCGGCGGCGUCUUGCAAUGUGUCAAAGGAUUCGAUCAUUGGUCCCAUGAAGCGGCAUCAUCGCCGGCAGUCGUCGAUUGGCUCGAUCGACUCUAUUCCUGGCUUGGAGAAUCUUCUUAUGCCGAACGGUCCACCCAUCAGCAUGUACAACUCUCGUCGAAAUUCCCACGUUUCAUAUGUGUCUAGACAUCGCAGAGGAUUUUCGGGUGGAGGAUCAUUCGGUCGACCAGAUUGGGCUGCCCAUCGACGCAGUACCUCUUCAGUAGACUCGUCUCGAUCAGCAAUGUCGACUACGUCUAUCGGUCAAUUGGGCCGACCAGGACUUGGGGAGAAGAUGUUUGAGCUGGACGGUGGAGUACAGUUGACUUCCAUCGCGGCUUCUCCAUCGGUCAAUCGAGACGAUGAAGACAAUUGCGACGAUGCAGACGAAGACUGGAUUGAUCGGGAGGACUCAGACAAGGCCUGCGCUGGCUCCAGGAAUGAUCAGCGUGACUCUUGCUGCGGCAGCCCAGCGACCAAUCGAGCUAGUCGAUCGAGCUGGGACAGUGUCCUCGAUACGUCGUUCCGGGUGGUCCAUCCUGGCGAUCCGAUGCCUAAACGAACAAGUUGGGACAGCAUACUUGAUUCGUCGUUCCGCGCUGUUCCGCCUGGUGCUCGAAUGCCAAAGCUACCUCGCAUGGCAGUCAUGGAUGACGACGAUUCGUUCUUUGCUCAAGCGGUAUCGCCAGAGCCAGAGUCUAGGGAGGAUGCCACGCUAAAGCCUGCCACCAGUGGAUUCUUCCUCCAACCUCUUAGACCGAUCUCUAUGGUGAGCUCCGCUACCAGUGUUGGAGACGAGGGAAUCGACGACAUGUGUAUCAAUGUGGCCAAGUAUGCGAAACGUCUGGAAAGUGUCUCGCGAGAGAAUAUACAGACUGUGACUGCUCAAGCGCAGCAAUGUUUUGAGGGAGAAGGCGAGGAUGAGUCGAUGACUCAAGCCGACUUAUCCAUCUCUACCGGCUCCAAUGGAUCGACCCAACGACUUGGAUCAACAUUUUGUCGACCUGUCAGACCUCGACGCAAACCUGCUCACCUCAUAUUCAAGGACGCUCAUCAGCCGGAUACGCCUGUGCUAUCGUCACCAUCCGCGUCUGAGUCUUCUUCUCGUCUCAGCUUGGAGACUCGCUUCUCUGAUGGCGCUUCAUCGUUUUCAGCAUCUCGUCUUCGACCUCUGGGUGCCGGUCACGCUCGGCAAAAGUCAUCUCAGGGAGUCACGGUUCACCCCACUAUCAAGGAAGAGCCCUCUCUCACCACGCUUCGGGCGAAGAUCUCACCCCGAAACGUCCAGAAUGACAACAGUACGAUCCGAGUCGCUGGUCCUGGACCCCGCCAGCCCAUUCAAGUCAAAAGCUGGUACGCUGAUGGCGAGGAGGAAGAGGAAGAGGUAGAAGAUCAAGAGAUGCUGCAGCAAAUGAAGAAGUGGAGCGAAUUGCGCCAUGAGGCAGAAUAUGAGUGCCGAAGGGGCAAAAUGCUCUGGCAGGAUCCAAGAAGCAGCUCGUAUGAGGAAUUCUCACCGCCCAAGACUGUGCGCGGUAUCAUGGAUUUCCUCGCCAAGUCUCAAGCUACGUACCGACCGCUCGAGGAGAAGCAAUCUUCUGGUAAUGGUGUUGUUGCUGAUCGGCGCAAGUCUUCGUUCAAAGAGGUCAGGCCGCUCAUGUCGCCAUACGGUCUUCCCUUGCCCAAGUCUGCAUCACAGGUCCCUCAAAGACCAAAGGGAAGUCUGCAGACCAAAUUCGAGAGGACGAAUUCCUCGGCCUCUACGAAUAGUCGACUUUCGUUUGGGCCGGACGGCAUCAGCGAGGCAUGCGGACCUGGAAGUGGUCUAACUCCCAGGUCGUCAAGCUCGACAUCCCCCUUCGCAGCACUCUUUCCCGAGCUCGUUCCACCUCCUUCAGCCAUCUUUGCUCAGUUCACACGAGAGCUUCCACCUUCUCCUCCUCCCAUCUUACCCUCCCAUGCAUUCACGCCCUUCCGUCUGCCGCCUAUGAAAAUGCGACUUUCAUCACCAGCAAGUCCGCAGACGACCACGACGGAAGUCCAAGAGGUGAUGCAAGAUACAAAGCGAUCGAGAGUCACAUCCUCUGCUCGACGCAAGGCUUUGGGAUGGGGCAGGAGGAGGAACUCGGAUGGUCCGACACAAGUGGAAAGCUUGGCCAGAGGCGCAGAAGCACAACAUCUGCCGAGUAUGCCAGUGAGCCAUCUUUUGGUGCCUAAGAAGGAAGGACCAUCCAUCUUGACGCCAUCGAUCCUCAAUUCUGGAGAGAGAUCGCCGAUCAAGUCCUCUCACAUGAAAGCUCAUGGCUCUGCAGAGGGACGCCCAAUCGUCCAUUCUGGUCGAGAGAAUGAUUUACCUGCCAAUAAGCCUCCUUUGAGGAUCUCGAGCCGAAAGGCUGCGAAGCGCACUCAGAGCCAGCCUGUGGCAUUACGAGUGUGACACGAUUUGAGCCCAACGCUGUAUAAUACGAUAUAACACGGAUAUGACUGUAACGCUUUGGAACGAAACGAUACCAUUUGGAUACUUGACGAUCUCACGGAUUUUUAUGAUUGAGCAUGAACGAGCUUGGCUCAGACUGAGCUUCUAGCGGGGGCAGAAGAUGCCCGCUCGACGUCCAACAGAUUUUUCUUUAUUGCUACCCACAUAUCUUCUAGUAUACAUCUAUUCCCCUCAUAGUCAUCUUAUCCUUACUUCAAGAGAUGCUACUUGCAUGCGAUAC